UGGUCAGGCUGGUCUUGAACUCCUGACCUCAGGUGAUCUACCCACCUCAGCCUCCCCAAGUGCUGGGAUUAUAGGCCUGAGCCACUGUGCCCAGCCAGCCAAGGUUUUUAAGUAACAUAUUUCAGCAUUGGCUGUACAGCUUUGCAGGUUGGUCACAUAAGCAUUAGCCGGGUCUGAAAUGUUAGUAAGCAUUUUAUUAUUCCAGCAAAGAUUCACAUGAAUUAAUUAUGUAUCAGAAGGCAUGACAACUGAAGUGCGCUUGCUGGGCAAAAAGUUACCAUUGCAGUAAAUUAUCAUGCUCCCAGGCUAAAUGGAUUAUCAGCCAGGGAGCUGAGAAGAAAUCCCGUGUUCCUUUUGAACCAAAUAACUCGCUGCUGGUCACUGUAGCCUUAGUUUUAUUGUCUGUUUACUGCAAAAUGGUGCAUCCAAAUCCCCAUUUUCUCUUGUACUUUUAAAUGGUGCAUCCAAAUCCCCAUUUUCUCUUGUAUCUUUUAACGAUGCGUAGUAAAAAAUUUCCACAUGAAUGAUGCGAUAUCUAGAAAUUGUUUCAGAAUUAUCUGGGGGCAGCUUAUUCUGGCCACAUGUGCAUGGUGGUUCUAGUUGAGCCAGGUGAGUUUGUGGAGGGUUAUUAUAUGAUUCUCUAUGUUGGCAUUUGUUUGAAAUUCUUGGUAGUAGAGUUUUUAAAAUGCCAUUUUCCACCAGCAGUUCCUGGGCUAGUUUUCCUAUGAUCAUUUUUAAGGUUCUGAAAGGGAAGUCUGGUUUUGAUCCACGCUGCCACAUUGUAAUGUAUUCAUAGUUGGUAAGUGCCCUCCCGUGGCUAAGCCAGAUGAUGCAUAUAUGGAUGAAACCCAAGCACGCCUCCCUCUGCUUCCCAAGAGGGCAUUUGCAGGAGUGGAACAUGAAUGAUUGGAUGCCCAUUGCCAAGGAGUAUGAUCCACUCAAAGCGGGCAGCAUCGAUGGCACUGAUGAAGACCCACAUGACCGUGCAGUCUGGAGGGCAAUGCUGGCACGAUAUGUCCCCAACAAAGGUGUCAUAGGAGAUCCCCUCCUCACCCUGUUUGUGGCCAGACUAAACUUGCAGACCAAGGAGGACAAAUUAAAGGAAGUCUUUUCCCGCUAUGGUGACAUCCGGCGGCUUCGGCUGGUCAGGGACUUGGUCACAGGCUUUUCAAAGGGCUAUGCCUUCAUCGAAUACAAGGAGGAGCGUGCUGUGAUCAAAGCUUACCGAGAUGCUGACGGCCUGGUUAUUGACCAGCAUGAGAUAUUUGUGGACUACGAGCUGGAAAGGACUCUCAAAGGGUGGAUCCCUCGGCGACUUGGAGGCGGUCUGGGGGGAAAAAAGGAGUCUGGACAACUGAGAUUUGGGGGACGGGACCGGCCUUUUCGAAAACCUAUUAACUUGCCAGUUGUUAAAAACGACCUCUAUAGAGAGGCAAAACGGGAAAGGCGGGAGCGAUCUCGAUCCCGAGAAAGACACUGGGACUCGAGGACAAGGGAUCGAGACCAUGACAGGGGCCGGGAGAAGCGAUGGCAGGAAAGAGAGCCCACGAGGUUGUGGCCUGACAAUGACUGGGAGAGAGAGAGGGACUUCAGAGAUGACAGGGUCAAAGGGAGGGAGAAGAAGGAAAGAGGCAAGUAGAGGCCCAACAGCAGACCCCAAAGUGAAGAUACACUGGAAAUGAGUGGAGGGGGAUUGUCUUUCAACGCAGCUCGAGUCUCAUGGUUGAAUAAAACUUCCUGAUGAUCA